ACCUCUGAGCACCCUCGCGAACUUUUGCAACGCACCUUGACCCAAGAUAUUGUUUAUUGCUCGUCCAGCCUAGCCCACGAAUUACGUGCUCCGAAUAGCGAUUACCGUUGGGCAAUGAUGUAUCAAUGGUGUCCAGAAGGCAAAGGCGUGUGUGGGAGGGUCAGGGAGACGAUAGCGACGGAAUUAGACGGAUCGUGAUGCUACGCCGAUGCAUCGCACGUCGGUAUAAAUGGAUUUUGAAAUCAAUCAGUCCUUCAGUUGUAACUUCGCCGCGGACGAAACAAAAUCGAUAGGAAACGCGCGACGAUAUGAAGCUUCUGCUCGUCGUGUAUUGCCUCCUUUGCCUCUCCAUGACGAGAGUGCAAUCGAAGCCACAGAUAACGAGACUGUUUCCGGUUCAACGAGAAGCGAAUGUUUCUCAACCCGAAGGAACGAACGACGAAGCUAAACCACUGGACAGGCUGCUAGGAAAAUUGCGAGCCACGUACGACUUCGUGUUUCGAAAGCCGGAGAACACGAGCAACGUGGAGAAAAUUUUGGCCAAGGAUACGAGCAAGGCUGCCCCAGAAGCGGAGCCGGUUAAAUCAAUUUGGUCGAUUCGGAUGCAACCGAAAGACAACGGGAAGAAUACUGGGGCGAACUUCCAGCCCCAACGAACUUAUUUGGGAACGAACGAGGAUUGGGCGAACGAUAUCCAACCAUUGGAUCGCCUCGAGCCUUUGGAGCUCGAGGACGAGGUGGAAAAUGAAAAGGAUCGCGAGGUAGAGUUCGUCACGCCGAGGACCGGGUUUCAGUUUCCGGUCACGCUCAGCCGACAUUUCGUCGACUGGCUAGGAUCGCUUUUAGGAAUUACUUACGGAGUCUAUUCGAAACUGGCAAGGAUCAUCUACAGCAAUAACACCACGAUACGCGUUCACUAAUUAUUUGACUGCGGAUUUUAUGCGUUCAUAGAAAAAUUUCCAGAGGAUGUAAAGAAUGUCUAAAUGAUACUCUAAACAAAUGUCUAAAUGAUACUUUAAAAUCUAUUUCGCAUAGAAACCCGCAGUCUAUUAAUCACAAGAACACCUCUCUAUUUUUUGUAUUACAAGAUAUGCAAUAAAACUUAUCCUAAUUUUA